UGCCUGAGUAGCCAACGGCCGGCCGCCAUUCCUCGUCACACCCAAGAGCAGUUUAUGGAGAAAUUUUGAUUAUUUUUGGACGAAUAAUCGUUUGUAUAAAGACUUUCUGGAACGGAUCUUGUUCAGGAAUAUCCAAGGAGCGUUUGUGGAUCGAUUUAAGAGCGAUCGAGGCGGAUUUUACGCCGAUUACGAGCCCUAACAGAUCGACAACUUCACAGAUAGAUUGGUAUGUUCUUGAUUCAUGCUACUAUAAAACCAUAUUCAAAUGAACUUAAAGACACCCGGAAAAGAUGGUUCUUUUAGUACAUUUUUCUGCCAUGUUACACACAAGCUUCCGUGCUAAAAUCAAGAUUGAGAUCGAACCGUUUCUCGCCGAUUUCCGUCCGAAAAUUUAGCCCAGAAUUCGAGAUUUCUCGUUCGAAUUUUACAUGUAAAACAUCGACAGAUUUUGAAAUGUAAAACCCGUCGAUGCUUGAAACAGAUUUUAUUUUAUUUGCUUUUGUUUUAUAUUGGGAACAAAUUAGCGUUGUCUUACUAAAAGCGAUUUCGUUUAAAUGGUAUAGAUUUCGUUUUGUCGAUAAAUUAAUUCUCGAUUUAAAAUUUUUGUUAGAAGAUUCCAGAGGCCAAUUCGUCAAAAGCCAUCUUCGAAUUCCAAACUAUAAUUUAGAAUUUUCGUCCGCAAAGCUGUGUUUUUCUGUGUGUUUUGUAUAAAAAUCCAAUACAAAUCUUCUAAUUUAUUCAAUGUAGUGUUUAUAAAGUUUAACAUUAAGUUCAAUGGAAAAAAUAUUAAAUCCUUGUUAAAUUUGAGUGUUUGUUUCCUAAAGGGGAUUACAGCCUAACCUAUAAACCCAAAGAUGUAUUUUAUGUGUGGAAAGAUGGCCUAUUUUUGAAAUGGUUGUUUUAUUCAGUCAAGUUUCUGUCUUGUUUUAUGUUCUGUUCCUGUUGGGAAUUCUGUAUUAAGACAACAAAAUGAUUGGGGUUAAUUUGUGUUCAUUUAUUAUUUAUAUAUUUUCAUUCCAUAUCUAUGGGGGUGUUAGAUUGGAAACAGGCUAGCCUUGUUAGCGGAAUAGCCUGGCGAACGAUGCUUGCUGUGUAGAAAUCUUGGGUAUUUAGCGUCGGCUGUGUUGUGUCGAAACAUUACACAUGCUUAUACCAUUUUCACACAAGGCUGGACAAAUUCAGAACUGUAUUCAACUCAUUAAGCCACAUUGCACCCUACUUUAUUCUUUUGUACUGUCUAACUCUAGAAAUUGUACUCUUCAAGGGAAGAGCCCUGGAGCUCAAUGAGUUAAUUGAUCAAACUAUCUGCCUGUGUUUCUAGUUAACCCAUUAAGUCACAUUGCACCCUACUUUACUAUUUUACUCUGUCCACACGCAGACAAUUUUACUCGUCAACGGGAGAGCGUUGGUGCUCAAGGGGUUAAAUUCACCUGGUCUAUUUGUUCCCGAAGGAAUUCAUAUGGUUUAAUAGCUGUCAGGGUUCGAAAUAGCUGCCGGCACUAGCCGGGAGUUUUAGGACCUUGCCGGCGAUUUUAAUUUCAAAGCAUAUAAGGGAUCGGCGAAAAUAUUCAUUCACCAAUGACUCCCUUACAAUAACACGUACAUAUACACAGAAAAUGUAUUGCUCCGUUCUUACAAAUGUUGUGUUGGUUUACAUCACUAUUAUUUGGCCUAUGCCUACUCCAGAACAUAACUAAACUUCGCUUGGAAAAUAGCCGGCAAAAAUUUUCACCUACAAAAAACAGCCUACAAAAUUUGACAUAUUUUCAAAAUGUUAUUUCGAACCCUGGGUGUCCUGAAAUUCAUUCGGUUUUAUGUCAACUUCAAAGACGUAGUUGUACAUAUUUGAUUAUAGUUUGAAAUUUGUCUAGUUUUGUGCGAACCUAGACAUUAUGAGUGGGCCUUUGCACUUUGCAGUUACUAUAAAAGCAGUGUGUUUCUGUGUUAUUUCUAGUGCUUGCCUUUUCAUUUUUGUGGGUAUCGUAGAGUUAUUUCCCCAUUUUUUAUAUUGAUAUGAUAUUUGUAUAGUUUCUUUAUAUGGAGAAUGUGGUUCUUCCUUGUUAUCUCCUGAAGAGGUCAAACCCAAUUUCCAUGUAGUGAUUACUUCCUACUCCUCCGCAUAGGACAUGCCAGGAUUACCUUAGAUAGCAGUUGUACUCAAUAGCAAUAUCCAGCUAAUUGGCAUCUUUUUAGUAUGAAUAAUUCUAGUGGCCAUUGGCUGUUUCCUUUAAUUAACCCUUUGAGCACCAGAGGUUUUCCCUUAACAAGUAAAAUCGUCUGUGCAUUGGGGCGUUAACUUAAGGGUUUGAAUUAACGGUGUGCAACAGGCCUUAAAAUAUCCGUCGGUUACGGACAUUGUCCGACCCAUUCAUCAAAUUGUCCGAUGUACAGAGGAAACCACCAGACAUUCUGUCUGAUCUAAGUGAAACUGAGGUUUAUUGUUUGUCCGACCUGAGUGUAUUGGUGUCCGACCGAACUGUAGCUUUGUCUGAUGCUUUCUCCACGAACGUAAAUCAAAAUGUACCCUAGUCCAGAACCAGAGUUUGUAUAAAAAUGAACCGAAAAUGUUGCGGGCGGCGAGUGAAAUGGUGAGGUGAAAAACGGGCUUAAGUUAUCGAAGUCGUACUGCUAUCAUUGGGCAAGCAAGUUAAUUUUGGCUUGGAAAUAAGUAUGAAUGACACAAAUUAUUUAAUAUCUUCACAACAUUUAGUUCAGAAUGAAUACAUUAUGCUGAUAUUAAUUUGCGUCAUUCAGACUUAUUUCCGACCCAAACUGAACUGAAGUCAUCGGACAUAUGUCUGACCCAAACUCAAAGUCAUCGGACAUUUUGGGAGACGGCCCUGUAAAAGAUAUUUUAAGGCUUGGUGUGCAAUCACUGCAAUGUGCAAUUUGCACAUUGUUUUAGCCAAAAUAGUGUAAAUUGCACACCACUUUUCCAAACAAUGUGCAAAAAAAUGGGAAAAAAAUGCAAAGCAAGUUGUGAGAAAUUUUUGUUGGAAAGUUAUUUUAUGACACAUAUUUCUUGUAUUUCAACAUUAUUACAAAGGUCUCCCAGAAAAAAACGCUUCUACAAAAAGUACAAAUGUGUUGCAAAACUUUAGAAAUUUCGGCAAAAAGGCGCCAUUUUAGUUUUGUUUAUCUGGUUUUUAUUGCCAAAACUUCUUUUGAAAUUUCCAUGAAAUUUUUAAUUAAAGGAAAUUUUUGCACAUCAAUUUUUUGUCACUAAUUUGAACCCUGGACACGUGGGCGGAUUGUCUGAUUAACCCAUCGAGUGGCAGUGCUCUCUCCUUGACAAGUAAAAUGGUCUGGCAGAGUAAAAUAAUAAAGUAGAGCACAUUAGAGUGCAAUGCAACUUAAUGGAUUAACUAGACACAUAGGCAGAUGGUCUGAUAAUCCAUUGAGUGUCAGUAUUCUCCCAUUGACGAGUAAAAUUGCCUGGAGUUAGACAGAGUGAUGACAUGAUAAAGUAGAGCACAUUGUACUUUGUAGUCUAUUGUCACUUAAAAGGUUAAGAGGAUGUAUGGGAUUAACCUAGAGCUGCUCCCAUCGGUUAAUUUUCGUAAUCGAUUAAUCGUUGUCAACAAUCGAUUAAUAUCGAUUAAUCGUAUUGAUAAUUAAUUUAAAUAUGAAAAGCCCAUGGUGGUUCGACAGGUUUCUAAAUUGUAAUUAAAGUGAACGUUAAUCCUAAUUGUUGAUUGUGCUCUGGCACUACACACAAGAGAAAUGCAUGAAAAGACAGGAACGAUAUUAAGGAUGUUUACUUUAGUUGUUUACCUUUGACACUCCCAAGUAAAUUUGCGAGAUUCAGACUCUUAUGGAUAAUUGGUUUAUGUCCGCACGCUGCAAUGUAGGACGCAAAUGGUAAUAAUUUUUUCUAAUAAAAAAACUUGAAAGAUAUUUUCACAACACUGGUAACCUGAUCAGACUAUGGUAAACUUUGCACGCUGCGAGUGACAUUGAUAUUUGACCCACAAUGUUUUGAAUCAAUUAACGGGAAGAAAUUAACUCAUUCCCGCAUCACGCUGUGUGGUGUUAUAUAUGAUCCGAUUACUGUUAAGCAUAAUCGAUUGUGGAAAAAUAAUCGAUUAAUCGAUUGAUCGAUUAAUCGGGAGCAGCUCUAGAUUAACCCAUUGAGUGGCAGCGCUCUUCCCUUGAUGAGUAAAAUUGUCCGGCAUUAGACAGUAAAAUAAUCAAGUAGGGCAUAAUGCAAGUUACAUGUUUGGAACUGAGAUCAGAAACAGUCCUCAUAAGGCCUAAAAAAAAGUACCCGAGUUUCUUAUUUCUUGUUGCAAAACUUGUGUAGAUUGGGUUUCUUGUUUUUUUUUGUUUAAUUUUUUUUGUUAUAAAUGCUCAUGCAUAAGAAUGAUAUUCUGUAUCAAUUACGGCAGCACAAAUGGCACAAACAUUCGUUAAAUGUUGUAUCAACUUUGAAAAAACAGGUUAUUACUUAUGCUUUAUAUAGAUAGUACAAAACUAACGCUAUGAACUGGGUACCAAAAAUUGCUCCAAACUCUUUGCAAACUUUGGAUAAAAAGAUUAGGGUCGGUGAUUUCAGUAGCCAAAAGCUAGGUAGGGUAGGGAAACUGGAAGCCCAGCUGUUAUUUCUUUAGCCUAAUCAAUAUAUUUGUUCUUAGGUAAUCAAUUGAGGCUCAUCUCGAACCGUCAAGAUGGGCAAAUUACUGUCCAAGAUCUUUGGAAACAAAGAAAUGAGAAUAUUAAUGUUAGGUCUGGAUGCUGCUGGAAAAACAAGUAUCCUUUUCUAGAAUGUGUUGCAGAAGUGCACUGAGGCACAUAGAUAGAAUAUCGAUGUUUUUCUUUGGAAUUCCAUAAGUUGGGCAAUGGAUGUUGACCAGAGUCUUAGUCAAUAUAUGAAAUUUGGGAGUUAACCUUGUAACGUUUUCAUAGUUGUAGUGAUUGACCAAUUGUGCCACAGAAGUAUUAACGAAAAAUUGCACACAUGUUUGGCGAAAUAUUUAUAAUACCGCGAAUUCUUAGCACAAGCGGCAUUAUAAAUAUUUUUGCAAACACAAGUGUGAUUUUUCAUUAAUACUUCGAGAACAAGUGUAAUUUCCUAUAUCAUUUUAUAGCCAAUUUUACAUGAGCAAUCAAUGAUUAGAAACAUUGUAUUUUAUGUAUUCAAGCGAGCUCAGCCAUACCCACCUUUGUGAUCAAUUUUGAGAGCAAUGUUCUAACAUUAAUUUUCAAUUCAUACCUGUAAAAACUGUGAAUAAUUUUUAUUUUAUCGCUAUCUUCUGUUUGAGAGCUUAUUGCAAAAUUACAGCUCACUUGGAGUUUGAAUUAACCAUUGCAAGUAAAAAUGAUUGGGCAAAUUUGGGGGAAGUGGGUUUAAGUUUGAGAUAAGCCAGUUCGACAAAGCUUUGUUCUGCUGUAUUUAGAGUUGUUCUUCUUGACAUAUUCACUAGCUAUAUUAUAUAAACUAAAGCUGGGACAAUCUGUGACGACCAUACCAACCGUAGGAUUUAAUGUUGAAACCGUAACGUAUAAAAAUGUCAAAUUUAAUGUUUGGGUAAGUAAUUAUUAUUACCACAAUUGCAUUUUAAAAUGAAGACAUACAUUAUAACCCUUCAUAUAAGAACCUAGAUUUUUCCAAGUAGGCCUAAACAGGUUAUUAUGUAAAUGGUGCUUAGGCGUAAAAAAAAAUACCGGUGGUUCCGGUUUCAUAUCGCGAAAAAAUUAGGGUCGGUAGGUCGGAAAUAAUUUUUUUUUUGAAUAUUUUUUUUCAUGGUUUUUUCAAUAAUUAGUGUGACAACAGACGCCAUUUUGGCAGCAACCCGCAACCACCCGCAGAAAAUAGGGUCGCACGGUCAAUCGCGUUGAAAAAAUAAUAGGAUCGGCAGAAAAAAAAUAGGGUCGGUCGGGAACCGUAACCACAGAUAUUUUUUUUUACGCCUUACCAGGAAAUUAGGCUAAACAGGUUGUUAAAUAGGUUCUUAUUUUCUUAAAAAAGCAAGUUAUUUUAAGCUACACUUUAUGCACACAAUGAUUAAUCGGGCCGAUUUCAGGUUUUGCCAAAUGUUAAUGACGAAUGUUGUCAGUUGACAAUAUUGUCAGAUACGUUGACAGCAUAUUUAAAAUUAAGUCACUAAAACGCACAAGUUGUUACAGGUUUGCAAACAAGUUGUUCCAAAUCUGUUCACAAGCUGUCGACAAGUUGUGUUCGCACUGCUUGUUCCCAGUUGUUGUAACAAGUUUGGAACAAGCUGUUAACAACUUGUAACAAGCUUGAUGGCAUUAUCAGACUUGUUACAAGGUUGUUCUAACAAGUCUGAUACAGUCAUGAUAUAACAAGAAUGUUACAAGGUGGUAACUUACAAUAUUAUUGUAUCAUGACUGUAUCCAACUUGUUGGAACAACUUUGCAACAAGUCUGAUAAUAAUUAGUAUGGACAAAGGUUCUUGUACAAGUUGUUAACAGUUUCUUCCAAACUUGUUGACAACUUGUGACAAGCAGUGCGAACACAACUUGUUGACGGCUUGUUGGCAGACUUGCUACAAGAUGUAAGAUUUUUACGCUUGUAAUUUUCGAUGUCACGCUCAACCUGGUGUAAUAAUUAUCCAUUAUUUUCCCCUCAGGAUGUAGGCGGGCAAGACAAAAUAAGACCUCUAUGGCGACAUUACUACACUGGAACGCAAGGCUUGAUAUUUGUUGUUGACUGCGCAGACAGAGACAGGAUCGAAGAAGCGAGGCAGGAGUUACACAGAAUUAUAAACGAUCGAGAAAUGAGGGAUGCGAUCAUUUUAAUAUUUGCUAACAAACAAGAUUUACCCGAUGGUAAGCUCAACAAAUCGAUAAGAAUUUGCCCGUUGUCUGUUUAGUUAAGCCCAGGGCGAACGUACUAGGAAACAUUGUUGCGGAAACAUUGUUUCAUGUUAUUCUGACACUGCAAUCGAGCAACGAAAAAUUCGUUGGCUCAAGCGGGAUUUGAACUCGCAUCUUCGGGUAUCUAGACCGCCGCGCUACCUAUUGAGCUAUGGAGUGAACAGGGAUCGGUAGCGAGUCUUAUCCAAUUUAAGUGCACGAAAUAUUGUCGUGACGACUUAACGCUUGUCAAUAAAUAUGAAACUAGUUUUUCGUAUCUCUGAGGAUGGUUCUGAAAUAGAAUUGAAACACCGCGCGUCCUCUAAGACAAGCGUUAAGUCGUCACGAAAAUAUUUCGUGCGCUUAAAUUGGAUAAGACUCACUACCAAUCCCUGUUGACUCGAUAGCUCAAUAGGUAGAGCGGUGGUUCAAAUCCCGCUCGAGUCAACGAAUUUUUCGUCGCUCGAUUGCAGUGUCAGAAUAAUAUGAAACUAGUUUUUCGUAUCUCUGAGGAUGGUUCUGAAAUAGAAACAUUGUUUCCUACCAAUGUUUCGCCAUGUUUCCCAGAGUGGGCAAACACUAGGAAACAUUAGUGAGAAACAUAGGGAAACAUCAAAUGUUUCUGAAUUUGCUAGGAGACAUUUUUGCUUCUCGGGAAGCAAAUUUUGUUUCCGCAACAAUGUUUCCACGGGUGAGCAAACAGGGAAACAUUUGAGGAGACAUCGUGAAUCACAAAUGUUUCCACAACAAUGUUUCCUAGUUUGCCCAGGGCUUUACAUCACAAACAUCUACACAGACAAUGGCUUUACAUGUAAUUCCCAGUGGUGGAAAAAUAUAUAAUGAUGCAAGAAAGGUAGCAUUUGACAGCUAAAAUCCUGAUCUUUAUUGGUAUAUGAAAAAAGUAAAUUGAUAAACAUAAUAUAUAAUGCACGAUACGCCCUGUAUCAUAGAGCUUUCUGGGUCAAGCAAGCCUAACUUCCUUUGCGUUUUAUUUCAGCGAUGAAGCCUCAUGAAAUCCAAGAAAAACUCGGUCUUACUCGAAUUCGUGAUCGAAACUGGUACGUUCAACCAUCGUGUGCAACGACAGGUGAUGGCCUGUACGAAGGCUUAACAUGGCUCACGUCGAAUCACAAAUCGUGAGAAAAUUUUCCCGCCGCAGAAAAAAAGACUUGAUAAAUAUCUAGACCUUUAAAAUGUAUGAUAGGAACAGAAAAGCUAUUUUCUAAUUUUCAAAUAACUGCACAAUGUGCUGAAAUGCUCGUUUCAGAGCGACGGUAUGGUGUAAAAGCUUUCAAGAGCUUUUGGGAAAUUCAUGUUAAGACGAGAAAACAAUAUAAGGCAGUCGCCAGCGAGCUAGGUGAAUAUUCUAGCACGAUGUGGCGCGCUUGUUGACAUUUAGAAAUCCAUUUUUAAGGUUGAAAUUAGCCUCGAAAAUCUCACAAGAUAUGUUAUUGUCCCCAUUUACAAAACUUUUUCAUUAUUUGAGCGCAGAGUAUUGCGUUUUAUCAACAACAAAAAAGGGCUAAAUAUACCAAAAUGGAUUUCUGGUCUGUCUAGUUUUGUGUUGAAAUUCACACCACAGCAAUAUUAGCACGUAAAAUAUGAUAUAAAUCAGUGAAUUAUUACUCGGGAAGCAUUUUAUGCGCGGAAACAUUUGUUAGGUAUAUACGCCGGCGUUUAAACCACAUAAAAACGCGCAAGUUCUUGUAGAUCUGCAAACAAGUUUUGUAACAAGGUUGUUGUGAAGCCGAUAUCAGGAUGUGUUCGCACUGCUUGUUCCCAGUUGUUGCGACAAGUCUGGAACAAGUUGUUAUCACCUUGUUACAAGGUUGACGACGGUAACAGACUUGCUACAAUUUGUUCCAACAAAACUAACACAGGCUGUUCUCGUAACAUGUUGCCACGAGCUUGUUGUCAUCGACUUGUGAACAACUUGUUACGUGCAGACGAUAUCAGACUUGUUGGAACAAUCCGUUGCGAGUCUGUUGGCCUCGUCAACCUUGUUACAAGAUGAUAACAACUUGUUCCAGACUUGUCAACAACUGGGAACAAGCAAUGCGAACACGUCUUGUUGACAAGCUGUGAGACCUUUUACGCGUGUAGCCCAUAUUUCCCGAAGGUGGGCAAACCAGGAAAUAUUAUUUCAUGUGUAGCCAUGUUCACUGAAAGUAGAUAAACCGCUAAACAUUGUUUCCUAGCCAUGUUCCGCGAAUAUAUGUCGGCAAACUAGGAAACAUCAUUAAACCUAGCCAUGUUUGAAGCCCUAAAUUAACAAAAUAAAGAUUUAAUGAGUGUUCCAACUAUGUUUUAACUUAAAUAGAAUACAUGAUAGUGUUGGGAAAGCAUUAAGAACAGCUAACCAACGUCGCGUGACUCCCAACUCUCAAAAUUUCUUGACGAAUACCAUUUUCUUUCCAGAAUAGCGGAAAUGAAAUUUAGUUCUCCCAGAAUAUGUUUCCUAGUUUGGCCAUCUUUAGCUUCCUGACCGUUAACCGAGUGUAUUUUUUAAAAAGCGAUAGUUGUGCAGGAAGGACAUUCAAUCAUAUCUUUCAAUCUAAAUUUUACUGCCUAAAUGUAUGGUAUAAACUCACUCUUUGUAAAUUUAACAUGUUUAUUACUAGGACAAAUAAAUUGAAGAAAACCUGUAAAUUGAUUCACAAUCGUCUACGUAAUAUAUCAUUGAAAAACG